AAAGGCACUCUAUUCACAGUUUCAUCGUCUUGAUUUUGUAUUCAGUUUCGGAGGAUUUAUAAUAAUAAUAAGCCAUCAUGCGCAAAACAAAACUCAGGCUUCAGGGUACGUACAAGGAAUCCCAAAAACAAGAGAUUGAGAAACUCUUGCAAGCUUUGGAUGGAGUAGGGGAGGUUGAAGUUGAUUUGCAAGGGAAAUUCGUCAUCGUACACCAUAAUCCAAGAUCUCAAGAUGGAUCUGCCUUAGUUAAAGCGUUGGGGAAACGUUUCAAGGCCUCAAUUGAAGGGUUUACAGACUAUUAGAUUUGUAUUUAUACAGUUCCUCUAUGUAUAUAGUUGCUUUCCUCAUAUUGUUCCUUUUUUGAUAUUGUAUUUAUGUAUCUUUCCCUAAGUGCAGUUAGCUUCAGGCUUGCAAGUCUCUUUUUGUAUCUUGCCCCAUGAACAGUUAGCCUUGGUG